CUGUGCGCUAUUGAAGCGUAAAUCGAUACACGUAUAGCUACCUACCAUCGUAGUUUCAACGCAGAUCUCGGUUUCAUACGAACUUUAUGGUAUUUGUGUUAAAACAGGAUGAAUCGAUGCUAUUUAUAAGUCAUAUACAAUUUGUUGCAGCUUUAAACAGUAUUAUCGUAUCAAAAUACAGACAGAAGAUGUCCGGUCUUGCCGACCACGUGACGUGUUCGGUGUGCAUGGACUUGUAUUCGGAUCCCCUCGCUCUGCCGUGUAUGCACAGUUUCUGUCGCCAUUGCAUCGAGGGGUUACAUGCUUCGUGUUUGACCUUGAAAUGUCCAGAUUGCCGACAGGAUGUCGAACUUGGUCGAAAUGGGAUUCGUGACCUUCCGAAAAACUUCCAAUUGGCGGGUAUCGUGGAAAGCUUUAAGAAAGAAAAUAGUUCCAAGACACGUGGUCGUUCGGAUGGAAAUGGCAGUCAGCCAUUAUGUCCGCAACAUUCGAUGACGUGUGAAAUCCUGUGUGAAACGUGUUCAAGACAUGCGUGCCCCAAGUGUUUGACAACCUCAAACCAUUCUAAGCAUCGGUUAAAAAUCCUUACAAAGCGUGGAUGGUCUACGGAGAGAGGUGAUGGUUCUGAACCUUUCUGCGUAGAACAUGACAGGCAGUUUCGGCUGCACUGUAAGACGUGUACAGAGCUGACAUGCUCGGAGUGCCUUCUAAAUAAUCAUGGCGGACAUAGUCUUGCUACACUCACAGAUGCGUUCGACAAUUUGUCGGAACACCACAAUAAGGCCAUAUCGAGGCUGGACGCCAGGAUCAUGUUGCUACGGGCAACGCAGAAGACGUGCAGGCACCUGGCACAGAAAACACAGACGGACGCCCAACGUAUAAAGCAGGAACUGACGUCGUAUUUCAACAGACUGCGUGACGUCAUCGAAAAACGUGAAUCUCAGAUGCGUGGCGAGAUUGACAGACGAGAACAGGAUGUGGUGCAGAAGUACAUGGGCAAAGCAGACGAAAUGUCGCGAAAGGAGAAACUAAUCGUCGACAUUAUGAACAGAGCCCAGACACUCGUGACGGAAAAUAAUCUGAAUUUCGUCAAAAAAUACAGCGAACAAUCACAAACCAUUGCUCAAGUGUUGGCCGACGAACAUUUGGACGGUACACCUCGGGUCAAGGGUCUUGAUGAAGUCACACUAGUCACGUGUUCGUUAGAAAAGGAAUUGUCAUCUAUAGCAUUGCGGUGGACCAAAGACGAGGUACGGCCCGCAAGGAAAGCGCCACCUGUACCAAACGGAAACACCACGUCGCCGUCCGAGAAAACCUCACCAUCAAACGAGAACACUACGUCAUCAACUACGCCAUCACCAAAGUCACGCCCACCACGCCCAUCCCCGACGCCUCGGGUCCCUCGAGAAAUCUUCCCAAACAUUCAGCAAAAUAUUCAUGUAACAAGAGGCAAAGACUGGCGCGACGGCGUUACAGACGGAGGUCCGGGUCACGUGGGUGUUGUGACCUCAGUGCAACGUGAAGUAGACCGCGUGACAUGUUCGGUACGCUGGCCAAACGGGAAAACCGGGACAUACAUCUACGGCCCACCGACAAUACAAGAGAUCAAACUUGUAUGACGUGUAUUGGACCUGUUGGUCCAUGUCAUCAUCAGUGUCAUCAUCUGAAGUGUGGUGGAAAAAGAGGGACGAUGACACAGAGAUCCUCCGCCAGUCUGGUCUGUUGUUGAGGGCUGUGAGUAGCUCAUCCAUGGUCCACUCUUUCACAUUGCCCAUCCAGCUUUUCAUCUGACGACCAAGACGGCAACCUCCCUUUCGCGUGCCCUUGAGCACAGUCUUGAGCAGUGAGUCGUGCCGGAUGACAUGUCCAACCCAAGCCAGCUGUCGUCAGGCGUGGUUCUUGUUUAGUGUGAAGUCUCGACUGGGACCUCCCUUUAGCGUGCCGUGGAGCAUAACCUUGCAAAGAGAAUCGUGCCUGAUGACGUGUCCAACCCGAGCUAGCUUUCGUCUGGCGGGCCUCUUGAUUAGUGUGAAGUGUACAGGCCAUGUCAAUAUAUGUAGAACACUCACUAAUCUUCCAGUGUGAUUGAAGCGACUUGAAUCUCUUGCACUUCUUUCCAAAUUUCCGUUCACAUAAAAAAUAUGGGACCUAUGACUACAAGUAUUUAGCAAGUAUAUUAUAGAAUAUCAAACCUGUGUAACCUGCUUUUUUUGCAUGUAUGAAAAUGACAACCAUCCGAAUUUCACUGUGAUAUGUACAUGAUGAAUCAAGAAAACACUGGCUACUGUCGAUUUACUUUGAAAACUGGGGCUUACGACUACAGGGAUGUAGACUUACAUUUUACCCCAAAUGUUACACCUUUAUUAUCUCUCAACACAUCUUAUGUAGAGGACAUAUUGGUUUUCUCGGAAAUCUAGGGGCCUACCAAGUGUUAAAUGGACCAUUGUCUUACGGACUCCUGCUUAUUGUAGCCGCGUUAUCGGAAACUAUGAGGAAUCAUGGAUGACAAUGUCUUCUUUUAUAUAUUUUAUUUAUUUAAACAUACCAUGUCAAGUUCGAUCCUUGCGAUAUAUACUGCGAUCUUCGCAAUAUCAGGAUACCACAAUAAAAUUAAUAUGAGCAAGAAAAAUAAGAUAAACAAGAAAUGUGUUCGUCAGAAACGCAAUGCCCCCUACUGCGCCGCUUUGAUAGAUUUUUUUUAAUCAGUUGGCAGGUACAGAUAAUUAUCUCCUUUUAAAGCUUAUUACUUCAUUUACUUGGAUUUGUUUUUUACCUUUGACCUUUAAGGGUGACCUUGACCUUCCACCACUCAAAAUAUGCAGCUCCAUGAGAUACACAUGCAUGACAAAUAUCAAGUUGCUAUCUGAAGCGACAUAGAAGUUAUGAGCAUUUGUCGAAACCUAAACGCAAAGUGUGACGGACAGACAGACGGACGGACAGUCCGAUCACUAUAUGCCCUCCUUCGGGGCAUACGAAAAAAUAAGAAGACGAUGAUGCUGCUCUGUACAUAUUUAAUUAUUCAUAUUCUACACAUCCUUGCCAGAAACGCUAGAUUCCCCUGAAAUGAACGACAACUCUGAUAAAACGAUUGGUGAUAAACUCCUCACAGUGAUCUCUUACCAAAGUUAUACUCCACUGACUGAAAACAUGUCGAAUAUUGCUGUACCAUAAAACAUUUUAAUUAUUUCAGAGCUGCUUAUUAA